UCCCCUGUUGCCGAGCGACAGAGGAAGCUUCGCCAUCGUCCCAGCUUUGCAAAACAGCUUGCUAACCCACUUCUAAACCUGUUUUCUUCUCGGCCAACGCAAUGGAGGUGACGAUGGACCCUUUGUUUCUCGCGUGGAGCUAUUCCAGGAGGCGGAAACUCCAACAGUGUUCAGAUAUUUGUACAAAAAUAUUACAAGACAACCCAUAUGACCAGGCUGCAUGGAGCUUGAAAACUCGUGCUCUGACAGAGAUGGUAUACAUAGAUGAAAUUGAGGUUGACCAGGAGGGGAUUGCUGAGAUGAUGCUGGAUGAGAGCUCUAUUGCUCAAGUUGCGCGCCCUGGAACGUCACUGAGGCUCCCUGGAACAAGUCAGGGUGGAGGGCCCACACCAGCCGUCAGGCCUAUGACACAAUCAGGGCGUCCUAUCACAGGAUUUGUGAGACCAAGCACACAGUCUGGGCGUCCUGGGACAAUGGAGCAGGCCAUCAAAACUCCCCGCACUGCAAGCACUGCUCGGCCUGUCACUAGUGCUUCUGGUAGAUUCAUCCGUCUGGGAACAGCUUCAAUGCUAACCAAUCCCGAAGGACCAUUUAUUAACUUGUCAAGAUUAAAUCUGGCCAAGUACUCCCAAAAGCCCAGUUUAUCCAGGACACUGUUUGAGUACAUCUUCCAUCAUGAAAACGAUGUAAAAAAUGCUCUAGAUUUGGCCGCUCAAGCUACUGAACAUGCUCAGUUCAAAGACUGGUGGUGGAAAGUUCAGCUGGGAAAAUGUUACUACAGGCUUGGUUUAUAUCGAGAAGCAGAAAAACAGUUUCGAUCAGCUCUCAACCACCAAGAGGUGGUGGAUACAUAUCUCUACCUGUCAAAGGUUUACCAGCGCCUUGAUCAACCAAUAACAGCACUCAACCUUUUCAAGCAAGGCCUGGACCAUUUUCCUGGUGAAGUCACCCUUCUAACAGGAAUAGCUCGCAUUCAUGAGGAGAUGAACAACAUUUCAUCAGCCACAGAGUACUACAAAGAUGUCCUCAAGCAGGACAACACUCACGUGGAGGCUAUAGCCUGUAUAGGCAGCAAUCACUUCUAUACUGAUCAGCCAGAGAUCGCCCUGAGGUUCUACAGACGGCUACUCCAGAUGGGGGUGUAUAACUGCCAGCUGUACAACAACCUGGGCCUGUGCUGCUUCUAUGCCCAGCAGUAUGACAUGACUCUGUCCUCAUUUGAGAGGGCUCUGGCCCUGGUGGACAAUGAUGAAGAGAUGGCCGAUGUCUGGUACAACAUAGGGCACGUUGCUGUGGGCAUAGGGGACCUGACACUGGCCUAUCAGUGUUUUAAACUAGCUUUGGCUUUUAACAAUGACCAUGCUGAGGCCUACAACAACUUGGCUGUGCUGGAGCUGCGCAAAGGUCGUAUUGAACAGUCUAAAGCCUUCCUACAGACCGCUGCAUCACUGGCUCCUCACAUGUAUGAGCCACACUUCAAUCUUUCGAUUCUUUCUGAAAAGAUUGGAGACGUUCAGAGUAGCUACACUGCAGCACAAAAGUCUGAGGAUGCUUUUCCUGAGCACGUUGACACUCAGCAGCUUCUCAAGCAACUUCGGCAGCACUUUGCGGUGCUGUGAGCGUCCGACCAGUGUGCUGAGGAAGAAGGGUUUGAUUUGAUCUAAUUGCCAGUUACUAGGUAUACCAUAUGUUAUAGGUAAAGUUUAAAAGAAAGGAUUUGAUUGAUGUGAUUGACCUCAUCAGCAUGUCUGUGAUACAUAAUGAUAUAUGAUGUAUACCACACAUCAUGCAUCAUAUGACUUGUAGGAAUGUACAAUUCAUGUGAAGGUGGGUAUUUUCCUGAUAAACUGGUAAACUAGUGUACAAAUCUGUGUAAUAGUAAUACAUAUGUACAUAGUUAUGGUAAAGAUUUAAUUUAUUACAGUAAAAUAAUCAACCUACAUUUUAUAGCUCAUUUCAUAAAUUAUAUGUAUUUUUCAUAUUUGAACCUUCCUUGCCAUUUUGUAGUUUCAACAAAUAUCGACAUGACAAUAAAAGGUUACAGUUCAGAAGA